GACUGCCAGGCUGCUGCAUUUUACUCCGGAAUAGGAAAAUGUCCUGAAAACACAAAAAAACCCCAGGAUAUGGACAUGGUGGAAGUGGCUCAGAUGCUGGGGCCGUGGCAUCCACGUCCUGAAGGUCUCUCGCUGCAGCAGGAGCCAGUGACCUUCGAGGAGGUGGCCGUGUCUUUCACCGAGGAGCAAUGGGCCCUGCUGGACCCGGAGCAGAGGACUCUCUACGUGGUCGUCAUGCUGGAGAACUAUGAGACCGUCAAGUCCCUGGGUUUUCCCACAGCCAAGCCAGCCUUGCUACCCCAGAUGCCAGAGGAAGGAGAGCGCUGGGGCCCCGAUCUUCAGGAAACAGAGAAAAAAGAAGCCCCGAGAAGCAAAGAUGCAGGGGUGAGGCGGAAAAUUGGCAGCGGGACGAUUGGCAGAGAAGAUGAUGCCAACUAUGGAGAAACAUCAACCCAUGAGGACCCUGCGGAAAGGGUGCGAGGGCACGAGGGCAGCCGGAGCAGGGAUUUAAUUACACCCUGGAGAAACGAGGCGAGAGAGAAACCGUUCAAGUGCCUGGAGUGCGGGAGAAGCUUCACGCGGAGGUCAAGCCUGGCUGCCCACUACCGGACCCACAGCAGGGAAAAACGUUUUAGGUGUUUGGAGUGCGGGAAAAGCUUCACGAGGAGCUCGACGUUGACUGUCCACCGAUGGACCCACAUGGGAGAAAAACCCUACCAGUGCUCAGAGUGCGGGAAACGCUUCUGUGUGAGGUCCAAGCUGGUCCGACACCAGCACAUCCACACAGGGGAGAAGCCGUACGCCUGCAGGGAGUGUGGGAAGAGCUUCAGGCAGAGCACGCACCUCUCCAAGCACCAGAAGAUCCACAGGAGGGAGAAAUCAGGGUUGCAGAUGUGA